GACAAGCGAGCUAGUGUUUGGCUGCACUAGGGCAGGGAGGGAGGGACGUCGCUGUGGCUCUUGCAGGGAACUCACGAUGGCCCCUAACGACGAGAAAGACGCACCUCUCCUGCCCUGGGACAACUUCAGCAACUGGGUUCAUGCCAUCUGCGUGGUGACCUUCGACCUGGAGUUGGGCCAGGCCAUGGAGUUGAUCUACCCAGCAGACAGAGAGCUGAGUGAACGGGAGCGCACAAACAUUUGCUACCUGGCGUUCCCGGACAGCAACUCUGGUCUUAUGGGCAAUGUGCAGUUUCAUUUCCGUAUCCGUCAGUGCCCACAGUCCAUUGCCCUCAACCCUCGGCCAGCCUUCCACACCUUCAACUCCACCUGCCCCACAAGCAUACAGACAGAGGACGGCUACCUGUAUGGUUACGUUUACUUCAGGCAGGUGAAGGACCGCACACUGCGACGAGGUUACUUCCAGAAGAGUGUUGUGCUGUUGUCUCACCUGCCCCUGGUGUCCCUUUUCACCACGGUGCUGGAGUUGGUGGCUCCAGAGUACUUUGACACAGGUGAGGCCAGCCUGGAAGCUGCCUGCCAUCACCUUGACCAGUGGCCACCCCCAACCCCCGGCACCACCCUCAGUCUGCCUCUGCUGGGCACUCUGGUUCAGGUUCGAAUACCAAGUCGGCAAGACAAGCCUGGGUCAGCCUCCCUCACACCAUCCUCGCCCUCACACACCUCACCAGGUCCACCAACAAUACUCGUCCCAGCACCACACGAGACUGAGGCAUUUCGAGUUUUGGCGCCUGUGUUGCCUCACCUAAAUCUGCUGUGGGAGUUGGUGAUCACUGCUGAGCCCCUGGUGGUGAUGGCCCAGUCACCCACCACAGCCGCCAACACUGUGCAGACCCUGGUCAGCCUGAUAACUCCCCUAAAGUUCAGUGGAGACUACCGGCCAUUCUUCACCAUUCAUGACUCAGAGUUCAAGGAAUACACCACCAGGACCUCAGCGCCUCCCAAUGUUAUCCUGGGAGUCACCAACCCUUUCUUUGCCAAGACGCUACAGCACUGGCCUCACAUUAUCAGGAUAGGGGAGAGCACAGGUUCUCCCAGCACACAGAAGCAUAAGAUAAAGAAGGCAUCUGCCCUCAAGACAGUGGAGCAGAAGCCUGGGAUGUACACCAAGUACAAGCCUCAUCUGCAGGCAGACAAGGGCCUUGUGAAACGGCUGCUCAAAGGUGUGCAGACUGGCCGGCCAGUGGAGGUACAGACAGCCCUGCUGCGCCGCCACCUACUGGAGCUCACACAGUCCUUCAUGAUUCCUCUGGAGCGCUAUGUAGCCUCCCUUAUGCCCCUCCAGAAGAAUAUCUGUCCAUACAAGGCAAUACCAAGUUUACGUCCAUUCAAUCCAGAUGACUUUUUGGCCACUCUGGAGUUGUAUGGACCUCAGCUGACCAGCGGCAUCCGAGGGGACUGGGAGGGCCUGUACCGCAGAUUUUUCAGAUCUGUAAACUUCUCAGUGUGGUUCAAUGCUAGAUAUCAGGAGGUGUCAGACAAGCUAUCUGCACUUCACCUCCAGGCAUUAUGUGAUGCGGAUUUGGGCCGGUGGGUGAACAGCCGCAGUGAGGUGGAGGUGGUGGACAUGGUGCUGAGGCUGCGCUCCAAGCUGACAGACGCAGAUGUGCUGCCGGUGAGCCAGCACACCCGGGAGCAGCUCCAGGCACACCUCAACACACUCUUCAUGGCGCUCCCUGAGGACCUGCGCUCAGUUCUUCAUGCCAGCUGAGGCCACAAUGAUGUUUGCUAUUUAGCAAAAUUUUUAUAAUGACAUUUGUAUACUGUAUUUUCUUAUACACUUGUUGGGUAAUCUCCAUGAGAUGAGCCGUGCUACUAGCUAAGACCUUCAUUCAUUAUGUUAUUUCAGCAUAUCAUGUAAGAUCUCUCUCUGGCCUCUAGAAGGGCUGUAUGAUGAUGGUUUUCUGGAUGAACUGCUAGAAAACCAGUACAGUGGUUGCGAAGGCAAAGAAGGAUUUGUGGUGGAAACCAGAAACUGCUCCCACAAUUGUUAGGUUAGCACGCAGUCAGUUCCAUCAUCCUGGCGAAGGUCCUUUGUCAUUAAUUCUCCCAUCCGUUAGUAUUUUCCUUUAAUCAAAAUAUUUAAUUUAGAAAUGUUAUGACUUGCCUUUAUACCACUUCAUAAGGCAUCCAAGGUAUUUAUUAUAAAUAGCCUCAAGUGCCUUUAUUCCUCCAUAAUAACUAUGGACUUUUUUCCCUAUAAUUGCUUCUUUAAUUUUUCUAUAAUAUAUCUGGAUAGACUGUGCUAAAAUUUGUGUCAUAACUUAGCCAAUUAGCAACAUGAAAGGAGGAAUAUUUAAGUGGUUAAUCAGUCAGCUAAUCAUUGCUGUAAAGAUCAUGCUGUGAUCUGCAGGUCAGUGCUAUGAAGUAUUAGUCUAGUUUGUUAGGUAAUAGUUUGCUAUUCAUUGUAAGUAGAAGAAUAUUAUUAUAAUUAUUUUCUCCUUAAUGUCCAAGCAAAUCCUAAUCAGUGGACUGUUACUGAGGUGGACAGGAAUACUGAGUGGAAUGUUCAGUGUCUGUGUGUUGACUUUGCCUAGACCAAAGUAUUUUCUGUUUUAAUACACAUUAUAAUAUUAAGUGCCAAUAUUUUGUUUUAAGUAAUUAAAGAUUAAUAAUAUAGGUAUUUUAGCCUUUUUUGUGAUUGUCUGUUGUAGCAUUUUAAAGCAUAUUAUAUUUGAUUUAUCAGCAAUCUCUUCAGUUGUAAAAGUUCAUAUAAUCACAACUCAGAGGAUGUGAAGAAACCUGACGCUGUCUAAAUUAAGCAUACAUGUGAGACAACUCAUGCAGCCAAAUGUCUACAGUUUUGUUAUAUGGUACCUAAAUUUCUGCUUUGCCAUUUUUUAUUUACUUAUUAUGUGAUCACUUGUUUUUAUGUAAAUAACUCUGUCUAAAAGUAACUGUGCAGGAUUCCUCUUUUCUUUUCAUUAUUUUCUUUGUGAUUUGACAAGUGCAAGAUAAGAGUUAACUCAGGACAUUAGGGUCAGGUUCCUUGGAGUGGGUUUUUAAAAGCGAGAUGUACCACAAGUCAUAGAGUAGUGUAUCAUUCACUACCACUGCUUUACCACAGUUGAGAAAAUGUAGUAUUGCUGUAAGUUUUAUGAAGUAAGGAAACAGCUUAUGUAUUAAUCCUGGUUUUAUGUCAAGGGAAUAGAGAAAGGAAAGGAAUUUAAAUAACUGGAAGCAACUUUGUGUAGAGGGAUGAUGAGAAAGCUGUGAAAAGUAAAGUCAUAUGGACACUGAAGAAAAUCAUGAAUAAGAGGAGUAUAGGUAAUGUUUGAUUCUGCAAGCCACAAGAGCAAGAUCCCAUGUCAUGGAAGCAAUACUAUAAGGCAGCAGAUUUAUCUUCCUAUUUUGACCCAUGCAUCAGGGAGAUAUGAACAUAUAAUGCAGUAUAACAGUUACAAAUGUAUGCAGUGGAUGUUGGACAGGAUGCUGUUAUGAGAAAUUCUGCACAGAUGAAUCAGGAAAGUGAAUGGGAGUGAUUUAAAUUUCACCACAUUUGAAUGAAAAUGAGUUUGUGAAAACUGUGUCCUGAAGUGUGAAAUGAAGGGUGAAGUGUGAGAAUAGAGCAUAUUUAUAAAAUGGAUGAGUGAAUAGAGUGAGCACUGAAGAAGAAUGGAUAGCAAAUGAACAUGGCACUGAACACUACCUCUGGUGCUCUGAAAGAUCACAGGACUUGAUUUUACCCUGUUUUAUCCAAAGUUGAGAUGGCUUCACAGGCUUUGUAGAUUUUCAGUGGAAGUUAGUUGGCAAGAGAAAAUAUGGAAGCAAUACAUUUGUUAAAAAUUGCAUUGUAAGUAUUCAAUGUUAAAACAUUGUGAUGUGAAUAAAAUACAAGUUGAUAUUCUAAAGAUGCUGUGGUAAAUGGUGCAUGUGAAUAAAUUUAAUGGAAUUAUAUGGAUUCAGAAUAAAUAGAUCUGUAUUCAGGGAAAGCAUGUGUGUGUCAGUGAGUGAAUGUGUACAAGUUGACAAAGGUGUCAGAAUGUAAAAUUUAGGCUUCUAAGAAACAAUUUGGCUGUGGAGACUGCAUAUGUUCUAGAUGAGAGGAGCAGGAGAAUGAUAAUGAGGGGUAGAUGUAGGUGAUGGUGGAUGUAGUAGUGGAAACACUUGGUGUAAGUCCUUAGUUGGAUGAUAAUGUGAUAAGUGAAUGAACAUAUGUGGUAAAAUAUUAUUUGCAUGUAAGGAGCAAGUAAAGGGUAUUAUAAAGUGUGGAAUACCACAGCCAGUUGUAUGUUCUUUGAAGACUGAUCACUUUGCUUAGUGAUUGUGUAUCAAAAUUGACUUCAUUAAUUUUUAUUGGGCCAAGUUGAAAAGGCAUUUUAUUUUUUUAUGGAACAUGAAAGCUUAUAGAGUAAUGACUCCUUUUAUAUAUAUUUUUCUUGUAUUUUUAUGCAUGUUUUUCAUGCAGCAUCAACACGUGUUGUAGGGGCUAAUGUUUAUUGCUUGUGUUUGAGCAGGAAGGUGAUGCAUUUGUAACUGAAUGAGGUCUGUGCUGCCUGCUUGAAUAAUUUUCUGGACAUGAAGUCACACCAUAAACAAUAGGUAAUGGGUCACAUGCAUCACCUUUGUUUUAAAUCAUGAAGUGAUGUGUGAAAAGCCCUGUCCUUUGUGUGGGUCUGUACACUCACCACUGUGUGGGAGUAAUUUGACUCGCACUUGUGUAUGAUAGAAAGUAUACUGUCAUCAAAUCUUGAACUUAUUUUUAGAUAUUAAUGCUUAUUUUUAGUGUUCAAAUCUUUUAGCCAAAUUACAGCAUGUUUAUUUCAGUCACAAUCAUUGCAUUUGUCAUGCUAGUUAGAAUGCUGUUGGCUGGUGCAAUGCUGAAUGGGAUUCACCAUAUUUAUAGUAAAUUAUUACUUUAGAUCUUUCAGUUUUAGGCAUGAUAAUCUUCACUAACUGCAGUUUGAUUAAGACCUGUCAGGUUCACUUCAGUACUAAUCUUAAAACUCAAUUUUGCAACACUAUUUAUGAUGCUUCCAUUUCUCUCAGAGACAUUGCUUAAGGAGCAUUAAUUGUCUCAGUCUUGAUCUACAUUAUAACCGUCCACACGUCUGGUUCUACGUACUAAUUGCUAAAAAAAUCUGAAGUGCAAGAUUUGUUCUGAAACAGUCACUGACUGCUGUUUGUUUUGAGUAGAAUCAACACAGAUCUCCUUGCUCUCUUAAAUGAAGGCUAAGGGAGAAACUUCACAGAAGUGUGGCUAGUAAAUAAAGCAAAAGCUCAGUACUAUAAUAUAGUUUGCAAUAAGGUGGUGAACUUGGUUGUUAUUCACUUCCGAAGACUCAGCUUUGGUAAGCGGAAGAGUUUGUAUCAAGCAUGUGCCAUUGCUGUCAGUGUUUGUCAGAAAUUUUUGAUGCCAAAUUUUAAUGACAAUCAGUUCAGGAUACUUCAACAAAUAAGUCCAAUUGUUUGGAUAUUAGUAGUACAUGAUAAUAUAUUAUUAUUUGAAAUGUGCAAGUGGAUUUAAGUAGGUUUGACUUUCAAUAUGUAACCUUUUGAAUGAAUGAUGUGUUCAAGAGUUAUUAUUUUAGAUGUUGUACAUCGCAUUUUGUAAUACUCACGUCAAAUGAAUAAUAUAUUUUUACAGAAA